GAAUGAUCUUCAUGAGCACACUGAGGAGGGAAGAAAUAACCAGAAAGACAUUCAGUGUUUAUUGGAGUGUUGAAAUCAUUGUCCAACUGUGAAAUACAAAAUCAGCUUCAUCUGACAGACGAACAAUGCAGUGGAGUCUGUUUCUGCUGAUUCUGAUGGGUCAGUGUUUCUUCUUCAUGUGUCGCCUGUAUGAGUACCACUUUGUUAAAGAACAGAAGACCUGGGGAGAAGCACAGAAAUACUGCAGAGAGAAGUACACAGACCUGGCCAAAAUGUUUGACAUGGUGGACGUGAGAAGACUCUGUAACUCCACACAGAAUCAAGGAGAAGCCUGGAUUGGACUGAACAACAACACAGGAGGAAACAGGACGUGGCACUGGUCUCUGCCAGGAGUGAAAUACACUGAGAAUAACAGCAGUUGGAAUCUGAGUGGAAGAACUAAUGAAGAACUUCAGGGGAACUGUGUGAGGAACAGGGACAAGUGGGCACGUGUUGCAUGUAAUAAAACUAUGUGGUUCAUCUGCUAUAAUGCAACUACAGAAAACAACAUAACAUUACAUUUGAUAGAGCUGUUUGUGAACUGGACACAGGCUCAAAGCUACUGCAGAUACAAUCACACUGACCUGGCCAGUGGACCUGAUCAGGCAGAAAGUAAAGAAAUGGAGGACCUGAUGAACCUUGGUCCAAAGAGUGUCUGGAUCGGCCUGUUCAGAGACAGCUGGAGGUGGUCAGAUGGGAGUGAUUUCAAUUUCAGACUCUGGGAUAUGGAGUUAUUUAAUGAUGGACAAAGCAGCAGCAAAUGUGCUAUGACUCUGUUAAACAGAUCAGGAAGAUGGAGCUCUGAUGAAUGUAACAAGACAAAACCCUUCUUCUGUUAUGAUGAUAAAGUGAUCCUGAUCACAGAAAAUAAGACCUGGGAGGAGGCCUUGUACUACUGCAGAGAGAACUACCGUGACCUGGUUUCCAUCACAAACCCUCAAGAGCAAGGAUGGGUCCAGGAAAAGGUCAAUAAUGCUUCAACUCCUUUUGUGUGGUUGGGGCUGCGCUACACCUGCACUCUGGGUUUCUGGUUCUGGGUCACUGAUGAGGUGGUUGAAUAUAAAAACUGGAACUCUGCUGGAAUAAAUGAUGACUGUGACAUGUCUGGAGCCAUGGACAGUGGAGGAGACCAUAGGUGGUUCAGAAAGCUUGAUAAUAAUAAAUUCAAUUUCCUCUGUUCUAAAAAUUAA